UGUAGGUUAGAGGGUUUAACCGGAAGCUGGGAUCAGCUGAUGGAGGAAGAGCUGGGAAAUAGGUGAGCCAUCUUCCCCCGGCAGACGGAUUCGGACUCGAAGCUUUGGUUAAAGACAUAAGAUCAGAAGGAGGUCGGUGUCAUUGGAAGGAGACGGACGGGUUUUAAAAAGGAAAGAUAACCGGAGGAAACGGUGAAGGAAUCUGGAUGGAGCAGUUCUGACAGAGGGAUAUACCAGCUGAUUAUAUUCGACACAAAAGCCCCGAACAGCAUUAACAAAGAACUGCUAACACGUACCAAAUGGAUUAAUAAGGAAUUAUGGCCCAGCUGUAUCCUGUGUAAUUAAAGAAUGGCUCCUUAAAGCCGCUUCCGGUCGCUGCAGUACACAGUGUGCAGCACGAGCCUGUAAACAAACAGCUAGCUUCAGUUAGCCGACUGCUGCUUAGCAUCCAGGUGCUAAUACACUGAGCUAAAGCUGCGGGCUGAAGUAGGGAGAACCGAGAUAAACGGAAACAAACUGUCUCAAACUAGACACCGCGUCUCCAAAGCUCUUUGGGUUGGAUGGGGUUUGUUUACGACAUCCAUGUUUGCAUUAUUUAUAGAGAAGUUAGCUUUAGAGUUAGCCUGGUACAGUUAGCUAGCCGUUAAUAUUUAACAACUGCAAACUGAGCGUUUAAAGCGGCUUUAUGCAGCUCUGAGGGGUAAACAUGUCAUGUUAAAGUCUCUGGUCCUGACACCUGUUGACACACUAUUGACAGAAACUGUUAGCAAAGCAAUGCAGCUGAUUGGCUGAGCAGAGGGGGGGAUGAAGGAAAACAGCUUCCUGAGUUUUUAAUUAGUCUCUGCUGGAGGACUGAAGGGAGAAUAAUAAUCCAACCUGACUGAUUGCUUAGGAGGGGAAUUGAUUUAUCCUUUUAACUGUAUCAGUUUUCCCUGAAGCAAACCAGAGCAGCAGGUUAGUGAAAUGCUGCCCUGCUCAUUAUAAGGAGACUCUUUAAUUCAAACAGGUUACUUUUAUUGUUCUAAAUAUAUUUCAUUGUUUGAGCUUGAGCACAGCUUGCAUAGUGUUUCUGCCAUGUAGCUAGCUGCGCUUUGGGCCAAUUAGGAAGUUCUAGUAGCCAGUGGGCCACUGACCUCCUGCUGCAGCUUCUAGCCACAUUCAUCCAGAUCUACAGCUUUCACAACACGAGAUGGAACUAAUGUUUGCUGAGUGGGAGGACGGGGAGAGGUUCUCCUUCGAGGAUUCGGACAGGUUUGAGGAGGACUCCCUGUGCUCCUUCAUCUCCGAGGCUGAGAGCCUCUGCCAGAACUGGAGAGGAUGGAGGAAACAGUCUGCUGGGCCCAACUCCCCAACCGUCAAGAUUAAAGAUGGCCAGGUGACUCCCCUGGUGGAGUUGUCAGCGAAGCAGGUAGCCUUUCACAUCCCUUUCGAGGUGGUGGAGAAGGUUUACCCGCCGGUUCCAGAGCAGCUGCAGCUCCGCAUCGCCUUCUGGAGCUUCCCUGAGAAUGAGGAAGACAUCAGGUUGUAUUCCUGCCUGGCUAAUGGGAGUCCAGAUGAAUUCCAGCGUGGAGAGCAGCUGUACAGGAUCAGAGCCGUCAAAGACCCCCUUCAGAUUGGCUUCCAUCUCAGUGCUACAGUCGUCUCCAGUCAGUCGGGUCAGUCUAAAGCAGCUUACAACGUGGCAGUCAUGUUCGACCGCUGCCGCAUCACUUCCUGCAGCUGCACCUGUGGUGCUGGGGCAAAAUGGUGCGCCCAUGUGGUGGCUCUCUGCCUCUUCCGAAUUCACAAUGCAUCAGCAGUUUGUCUGAGGGCUCCAGUUUCUGAGUCUUUAUCCAGGCUGCAGAGGGACCAGCUCCAAAAGUUUGCCCAGUACCUCAUCAGUGAAUUGCCUCAACAGAUCCUGCCCACAGCCCAGAGGCUGUUAGAUGAGCUCCUGUCUUCUCAGUCCACAGCCAUCAACACUGUGUGUGGAGCUCCAGAUCCAACGGCGGGACCUUCAGCAUCUGAUCAGAGCACCUGGUAUCUGGAUGAGUCCACCCUCAGCGAUAACAUCAAAAAGACCUUGCACAAGUUCUGUGGGCCUUCUCCUGUGGUCUUCAGUGAUGUGAACUCCAUGUACCUGUCCUCCACCGAGCCACCGGCAGCUGCUGAGUGGGCCUGCUUGCUGCGCCCUCUUAGGGGGCGGGAGCCCGAAGGCAUCUGGAACCUUCUGUCCAUCGUCAGGGAAAUGUUUAAGAGGCGAGACAGCAACGCGGCCCCGCUGCUGGAGAUCCUCACUGAGCAGUGCCUUACCUACGAGCAGAUCAUCAGCUGGUGGUACAGCGUCAGAACCUCGGCGUCCCACAGCAGCGCCAGCGGCCACACCGGGCGCAGCAACGGCCAGUCUGAGGUGGCGGCUCACGCCUGCGCCAGCAUGUGCGACGAGAUGGUAGUUUUGUGGAGACUGGCCGUACUCGACCCCACUAUGAGCCCCGCCAGGCGGCUGGAACUGGCGAGCCAGCUGAAGCAGUGGCAUCUGAAGGUGAUCGAGAUCGUCAAACGAGGACAACAUCGAAAAUCCCUGGAUAAACUUUUUCAGGGCUUCAAACCCGCCGUGGAAUCCUGCUACUUCAACUGGGAGGCGGCCUAUCCGCUGGAAGGGAUCACAUACUGCAGCGCAGAUAAGAAGAUCAGCACCUUCUGCUGGCCCAGGGCUAUGCAGCUCCAGAGGGGGGCUAAAGCCGCAGCAGGAGAGCUGUCUGACAUCGGAGCAGGGAACAAAGCUGAAGGCCUGGUGGUGGACUAUAAAGGAAGGGGGAGUAGCCAUUUUUCCCAGCAGGAGGUGGCUGUGCGGCCGAAGGAGACGAUCCUGAGCAAACGGAAGGGUUUGUCACUGAGUGGAGGAGGAGGGAUGCUGGUCCGCCUGGGAGGGAACGUCUCUCUGUCUUUGGAAGACGGUGGAGGGAAGUGCAUGUAUAAAGGGGCAGCUUCCUCCUCUGGGGGCAAACUGAAGCUGAUGCAGGGAGGGGGGAAGGUUCCGUCCACAGGAGGAACUGGAGGAAGCGGAGGCAGCGGAAGCAGCAAGCAUGCUAACGCUAAACGGAGAACCAGCAGCGAGGACAGCUCUCUGGAGCCGGACCUUGCCGACCUUAGUCUGGACGACAGCUGCAAUCUGGCUCUGGGGGCAGAGGCCUGCAACACGUUUGAGUUUCUGCCCACAUCAUCAGAGGUUCUCCCCUCUGCGAGCCCGCUGCUCCGAGACUCGUCUAAAUACAGCAGAGGCAGCGGGGGGAGCAAGAGUUUUGAUGUGAAGCAUGCCGGUCACGUCCCAGCUGCAGAGUCUGCUCCGGGCUCUUUUACCUCCAAGGAAAACAUGGACUUGGCUGCGGACGCCACGGAACGGGAUGUGGAGGCGGACGCCAAUCCUGGCCACGGGAUUGACGCAUGUAACAGCGAGCAGCCUGUCAGCUCCACAGUGUCCGGGGGCCCUGAAGCCUUCGCCGAGGCCGAGCCCAGUGGAGCAGCAGCUGGAGCAGCCAUCCAGGGUGUGGAAGCUGUCGGCGCAGCUUCUGAAGGAGAAGCUCUGGCGGAAGAUGACUACCAGGCGUACUACCUCAGCGCCGCAUCUGAGGAGGGAGCAGAGAAACAGCUGGCCGACAGCCACCAGGAGGAGGAACCAGACAUCUUUGCUGGAAUUAAACCACUGGAACAGGCAGGACGCAUGGAGGUGCUGUUUGCCUGUGCCGAAGCGCUCUAUGCUCAUGGCUAUAGCAACGAGGCCUGUCAGCUGGCUGUGGAGCUCGCCAGAGACCUGUUGGAGAACCCUCCUGACCUUAAGGUGGAGCAACCUCAAACUAAGGGGAAGAAAAGCAAGGUGUCGACCAGCCGUCAGACUCAGGUGGCCACCAACACGCUGUCCAAAGCUGCCUUCCUGCUCACUGUUCUCAGCGAGAGGCUGGAGCUCCACAAUCUGGCCUUCAGCACUGGGAUGUUCUCCCUGGAGCUACAGAGGCCGCCUGCGUCCACUAAAGCCCUGGAGGUGAAGUUGGCCUACCAGGAGUCGGAGGUGGUGGCGCUGUUGAAGAAGAUCCCCCUAGGCCUGGUGGAGAUGUCGGCCAUCAGAGAGCGGGCCGAGCAGCUCCGGGACGGAAACCUCUGUGACUACAGACCUGUGCUGCCUCUGAUGCUGGCCAGUUUCAUAUUUGAUGUCCUCUGCACCCCAGUUGUGUCUCCCACUGGUUCCCGUCCGCCCAGUCGAAACCGGAACAACGAGAUGCCUGGAGACGAGGAGCUGGGCUUUGAGGCGGCUGUAGCUGCGCUCGGCAUGAAGACGACCGUCAGUGAGGCAGAGCAUCCUCUGCUCUGUGAGGGAACCCGUCGGGUUAAAGGGGACCUGGCUUUAGCUCUGAUGAUCACCUACAAAGACGACCAGAGCAAACUCAAGAAGAUCCUGGAUAAAUUGUUGGACAGGGAAAGCCAGACCCACAAACCUCAGACUCUGAGCUCAUUCUACUCUAGCAAGCCAGCUACGGCCAGUCAGCGGAGCCCGUCCAAACAUACCGCCGGGAACCACGGUGGGAUGGGAGGGGCUGCCGGUGGCGCCAACAAACACGCCCUAUCGUCAUCCUCAUCAAACACCGUGGCCGCGUCAUCUUCCAGCUCUUCUUCCACUGUGGCUCUGGCCGGGGAGGAGUCACAGCCGACACAGGUGGAGCUUAGCCUGCUGCAGAACAGCACUGCCGGCGAGAGCACCGCGGAGACCAAGGAGCAUGCUGCAGAUGGAGGCCAGUUAUCAAGUGAGCAUCAGAAUGAGACGGCAGCCUUUAAGCUAGAGGCCACUGUUCCCAGUCGACUGGCACUAGGGGGGCGCUGCGGAUACAGCCAACGCUGCUGGGGCUCACCUGUCCGCCAAAAGAAGAAGCACACCGGCAUGGCGAGCAUCGACAGCAGCGCUCCGGAGACCACUUCGGACAGCUCCCCCACUCUCAGUCGAAGGCCCCUCCGCGGCAGCUGGGCAGCAGCCUCUUGGGGGCGGGGCCAAGACAGCGACAGCAUCAGCAGUUCAUCGUCCGAUUCGCUGGGCUCCUCCUCCUCCAGCGGGUCCCGUAGGGCCGGCGGUGGCGGGGCCAGAGCCAAAAGCACCGACACAAGCAGGUAUAAGGGCCGCCGUCUGGAGUGCCACGCCCCCCAUGUACCCAACCAGCCGUCGGAAGCGGCGGCCCAUUUCUACUUUGAGCUGGCUAAGACGGUGCUGAUCAAAGCUGGGGGUAACUCCUCCACCUCCAUCUUCACGCAGCCCUCAGCCAGCGGAGGUCACCAGGGGCCUCACAGAAACCUGCAUCUCUGCGCCUUUGAGAUCGGGCUGUACGCGCUCGGCCUCCACAAUUUCGUCUCACCCAACUGGCUGUCGAGGACCUAUUCCUCCCAUGUGUCCUGGAUCACUGGCCAAGCUAUGGAGAUCGGCAGCGCCGCUCUGAAUAUUCUGGUGGAGUGCUGGGACGGCCACCUCACUCCGCCGGAGGUGGCCUCCCUGGCAGACCGGGCGUCACGGGCCAGGGACCUGAACAUGGUCCGGGCGGCUGCAGAGCUGGCCCUCAGCUGCCUGCCUCAUGCCCACGCCCUCAACCCCAACGAAAUCCAGAGAGCCUUGGUUCAGUGCAAAGAGCAGGACAACGUGAUGCUGGAGAAGGCCUGCAUGGCAGUGGAAGAGGCAGCCAAGGGUGGAGGCGUGUACCCUGAGGUUCUGUUCGAGGUGGCCCAUCAGUGGUACUGGCUUUAUGAGCAAUCCGUGGGCGGGGGCACCACCCAGCAGCGGGAGCCCCCCAGCCGCUGCGGGGCCAACGGGAGCUCUGGUCGGAGGGCCCCAGAUACCGCUUGCGUAGUGCUGGACGGCGGAGCCAACAUGGAGUCCUCGGGGGUGGGAGCGGUGACGGCGGCCGUCACGGCGGCAGCCAUAGUGCCCGUCAUCUCCGUGGGCUCCACCAUUUACCAGUCCCACGCCAUCCCCGGCCAGGCCAUGUCCCACCCCCACAGCCAAGGGCUCCACCCGUACACAACCAUCCAGGCCCACCUCCCCUCCGUCUGCACCCCCCAGUACCUAGGACACCCUCUGCAGCACGUUCCUCGGCCCGCCGUCUUCCCCGUGACUGGGGCUUCGUAUCCUCAGGGGAUGCAUCCAGCUUUUAUUGGUGCCCAGUACCCUUUCUCCAUGGCCCCUGGCCCCCAACCCACGCUGUCUGCUGCGGCUGUCACCUUCCCAGCUGUUCCGGUACCGUCCAUGACUCAGAUUGCCGUCCACCCCUACCACACCGAGACGGGCAUGCCCCUGGGAACCACUGUGGCAGUGGGCAGCGUCCACUCUGGCCCCACCAUUCAGGCCAUACAGGGGGCCUCUCUACCUGCAGUGUCCUCCCAGCCCGCUCCGUUGGUGAGCGCCCCCUUCACAGCAGAAGAGGAGCAGCACAGCCAGCCAAUCAGCCAGCAGGGCCUGCACUACCUUCAUUCGGCCUACAGAGUUGGUAUGCUGGCGCUGGAGAUGCUGGGCAGGAGAGCUCAUAAUGACCAUCCCAACAACUUCUCCAGAAGUCCUCCUUACACAGAGGAUGUCAAGUGGCUGCUGGGACUGGCUGCAAGGCUAGGAGUCAACUAUGUGUACCAGUUCUGUGUUGGAGCAGCCAAAGGAGUACUGAGUCCAUUCGUCCUGCAGGAGAUCAUCAUGGAGGCUCUGCAGAGGCUGAAUCCUGCUCACAUCCACGCCCACCUCCGAACACCCGCUUUCCACCAGCUGGUGCAGCGCUGCCAACAGGCCUACCUACAGUAUAUCCAUCACCGGCUCAUCCAUCUGACCCCCGCUGACUACGACGACUUCGUCAACAUCAUCCGCAGCGCCCGGGGGGCUUUCUGCCUCACGCCAGUAGGAAUGAUGCAGUUCAACGACGUUCUGCAGAAUCUGAAACGAGGCAAGCAGACUAAGGAGCUGUGGCAGCGCAUUUCUCUGGAGAUGGCAACGUUCUCCCCGUAAAGACGGCUAACGCGCGGAUAGCACUCAGCCCCCAGCUUUACUACUGCCACCUCACCGAGCCAGGCACCUCCAUACAUCUGUCAGGGGCCCUGCUCUACGGAUUCUGCUAAAAGUCUGUGUAACCCACCCCGUGUCCCUAAUCCUCAGAUUCCCAGUUUGUUCAGUAAGAUCUCAGCGGAGGGAACAUUCAACACACUCGAUUGACCACAGUUUAACUCUGAGCCACAGUGAACUCCUCUCUUCUAGAUCUAUUGAUCUUGCCCACCUUUUGUGUUUCAAGUGUUUUGUUUUUUUUCCUCUUAUCCGUAUUUCCCACUGGUUGAAAAAUCCAUUUAAAACCUGGGAACAAUCAGCUUUUAGUGGCAGUGGGAACAGCUCACUGACACGUCUACCCAGGUCAAACGACUCAAGAAGGUUCUUUGUCAUGCUGCAGCUCUUCAGAGCAGGGAAGGUCGGUCUGGCGUCUAGGGCAGCGUGGCACAAUAAGGCCGCUUUCCAACUGAAAACACAGUUUUGCUAACUGACCCGGAUAGACGGGUGUCAGUGAGCUGUUCCCACUGCCACUAAAAGUCAACUGUUCCCGAGUUUUUCGGCCAGUGGGAAAGCGGCAUAUGAAGCAGUUUCUAUGGGAAUGUGUUUGUGUUUUGUAUAAUCUUUUUAAUACUUUGUACUAAGAAUGCAAACAUGGGUAGAAUGUUUAGAGUGCUUGGCAUGUGUGAUCCACCGUUUCUUUUUUGCUCCAGACCAAAUCAGGAGGCUUUCUGACAGACAAUCUUUAUGAGGAAGCAUCCUGGAAACUGCUGAGUUCCUCCUGGCGUCUCAUGAAGGGUUGAUCUCCAGGUGGUCACAGAGAGCGCUGCGCAGCGACCACUAGUGGAAAAACUGGAGUUAAAUCAUUUGGUAUCUGACCACAGCGGGGUGCUGGAUAAGAGCUGUCACCCUGUAGCUCACCUUUUUACAUUCGAUCAGCUUCCAAAUAAGAAGGAACUGUGGAAACAUGCAGGACCAGGAGGAGGAGGCGCCAGAUGACGGACCAGAACCAGUGGCGGACUGAUGCUGGAUGCAAGUUCUAAACUGAAAGAUGUGGGGCCCCAUUAUGUGUUAGUCUUCACUUGAACCUUUGUCUCAGCGAAUAUUGAGGUAUGAGCUGCGCAACAGCGACCGCAGCCCGGGACUGGUGUUUGGACAGCGUCCCUCAGACGGACAGGGCAGCUCAUCGCAGGCCGAGCCUGUGGAAAGGACACUCGGAUCCAGCUGUGGCACGUUGCCACGCCUGAGUCCAGACACACGUGUGUUCCAACCUGAGUGUCUCCUCAGUCAGGUUCGCUCCAUGGUGCUGUUACUUUAGCAUCCUCUGUCCAGACAGCUGUCGUUUAUGUUUUUCUGAACCGGUUCUAAGCCUCACAAGUGACGUUGAGUGUAGAAAUUGUUCUGUAAUAUUUUUGUAUUCCUCAGAACUUUAGCUUAAUCCAUUGGUUCUAUAUAAACAUAUUGUUAAAGAUUCUAAUUUAGAGUAAAAAAAAAAAAAAAAAAGUGGAAGAGUAAGAAGCAAUACUAAAAGUUUAGAGUUUACCUAAUAAAGAUGAUUGAAAACA